UGCUGUACCAGCAAUGUGGCGCGCGGCUGGAGUUCACUCGCAACUCUGUGGCGUGCAGCGCCGCUCAUCUCCUGACGGCGGCAUUCAACGCCUCGCUGCCUGAGCACUACGACCUUCCCUCCCACCACGGCGCUCCCACACAACACGGGGGAGCGUCGCACGUGCAGGUCAACAUGCUCAGAGCUCUCCGGCAGCUCUGCUCAGGACCUCCCUGGGAGAACGUGCCUUCUGCAGUCGUAGCCGCCCUCACCCCCAUACUUACUCAGGUUUGGGGCGCGGGUGCGCCUGGCGUGUGUAUGACGCUGCAGGAAGCCGUGCUGCUGACGCUGCAGUUACCGAGGGCAGCGACGUCCGCAGGGCUGCGCAAUACAGCCAUCAACACAACACUCGGCUUCCUGAAGAGCCCCAGCAGCAGGCUGCAGCUCGCCGCUGUCACCCUCCUCGCCAACAACUGGCCACUACUCAAGGACUCAGUGACCCCGGCGCUGCUGCAUGCGGUGGUGCAUAACUUACACACUACCACCAGCUCCAUCAUCACCAACACCACCCUGCACCUCCUCUACACCAUGGCUAACCACCGCAACUACAAGAGCGUUGUGGGCACGCUGGUGCAGUACUGUAGCGCCGCGUCGCCGUCGGUGCUGCAGGCGAUGCUCAACAAAAUAUCGAAGAUUGUUUCCACUCACGCCGACGAUGCCUUGUGGUGCCUGCAGCAGCUGCAGCCUCUAUUGCUGCUGCAUCCUCAUCCUGCCCUGUGCAGCGCCAUGUCUUGUCUUGUCUCGCGCGAUAUUCGGGACGGACGCGGCGAGCUCGUUGCCCCGGCCCUGCAGCUGCUCGGCUCGGUGCUUGAGAAAAACCCGGCGCCGCGCCCCCACGCCAUCAUGGCCGCCUCUGUUCUCGCGCCCCUCAACUCCGCGCGAGCUCCUACUGCUGGGGGCCAGGAUGCUGGUGCGCUUCUUACCGAUGAAUAUGGGCUCGUGGUGCCUGAUGUUGUGUGCGCCCCCUUCAUGAGUGACGACGAGAGAACUUUACUCGACAUUGUCAAUGAAAAGUUCAUCAAUAAUGUUGUGUUAAGUGAGAAAUACUGUGACGGUGAUCAAAUUUUUUUCGAGUGUUUACAGAAAAUUGGUUUAUUUAGUGAAGGCUUUGAAGAAAGGACUGUGGGCAUUGCCCUGUCAUUCAUCAAUUCGCCUGACGUAGUUUGGCGUAGUCAGGCUAGGGAAGCAUUGGCGUGGAUCCGGAACAAGAAGUUGGCAUGUAGAGUUCUGGAAGCUGAGCGCCAAGUGCGCAAGAACCUCGAAGAUUUUGAUUGGACAUUGCCGUAUCUAGAGGAAUACAUAGUCGAGUCGCUCGAGAAAAAGAACGAGAUGCCAUAUCUACCACGUAGUUGUUCGGUCCAUGGCGAUGGGGUUUCGUUGAAGCCUUUAGUUAUCAAACCUGUGACCGAAACCAUGCACGGCUCACUAUCUGUCUCGCCACGUUCAUCCCAGUCUUGCCAGUCCACUCCACGUCUCGGAUCUCAAUCAUCUUUCAUUGUCGCCCAGAGACCUGGUCAUACUCAAUCUUUAUGUACCGACAGAAGAUCGUACGCUGAAUCGUACCGUUCCCUGGACCAGGCAAGCAACUCUUCUUGUACGUCCAGCCGAAGUGCCUCGUUUGGAUCCAGCGGAUUACUGCGCGCCUGUCGCGCUCCCUCUACUUCGACUGACCUCGUCACUCCUGCCACGGAUGCAAGUUCAUCUGUUGACUCAGUGUCUAACUCCGUCAACUCCAGCCUUGAUGGUCUGCACAGACCGCAGGCCUCCACGCUGCAGCCUGAGUUCGAUAUUCUACAGCCGGGCAGAAGCAAAGUCGGCACGUUACCGGACGGCGCGCAACCUACAACCAGUGCCCCUAAGUUGCUAUGGUCCGUGGAGGGUCGGUCGCCUCAUCUCGGCGCGAGCUUCGUCCUGCCACCUGAAGGCGAUACGAUCGAAGUCGCCGCUGAGGCGAUGGAGGAACUGAGGCUUGAGGAGGAGGAGGUCCCAAGCACCGCUGCCGCCUUGGCUAGGGCGCUCUAUGCGGGGCUUGGCAGCAAGUGAAACGUGACGAAUGAGAAUGCCAUAGGGAUACAAAGUUAAAUGAAGAAAUAAAUUUAAAAUGAAGUGUGACAGAUUUGCUCUAAAAAUUAAUAUAUGUUGCAAAUAUCUAAUAUAAGCUAAAUGAGAAGACUGAUGCGAACUAAGAGACUGUGUCGAGAUGCCCUGCUACGCAUUACCAGAUCUUGUCAAGUAUUUCUGAGACCAUAAAAUAGCUGCGAAACGCAUAUGUUGCAAGAAAGAAGAAUACCAGGACUGAACCACAGAUACUGUGAUGAGAUAAUAAAGUAACGGCUUGCAAGUGAUGGAAACCAACUUCCUUUGCAUGCUUAGCUAAGUGAUCCCAGGAACAAGUACCACGGCUUGUUUAACAUUAUAUCGUCUGUGGUACUAUUAAUCAUGGCGAACACAAUUAGAUUCGAGAUUUUGAGAAGAGUUUUACCUUCUUGUGCAUUGAAAAAAUGAACAAGGAGCUCUCUCGUACUGCACAUUAACACAAGGUAUGGUGUCGGUUUUUUACGUUGAUUUUCAUACUUGUGAAACACGUACUGUGUAGAUCGGCCUCAGCUCAACUGCUUGGGUUGACCUGCCUCAGCUAAUGUGUUGAAGGCGCUCUAUUGUAGUCUUGACCACACAUCUUGUCCUCAACUGGCGCUUCUGGUUAAACUACAUUUGUUCUCAAACGAGCCUUGCUUUCAAUCUUAAUAGUAUUUGAAUCUCUGCCAUUCACUCUAUAUUUUUUGGCACUUGGAUAUUUUUCUCUGUCAUAUCUGACACGCAUCACUUUUUCCUUUUUAGCAAAAUGUAAUCUUGCAUCCUACGCGUUUUUCCUCGUUACUUGCAAUGUUUUUUCGUGUCGUCUCUUUAAUUUAUAUUGCGCUGCUAUUGGCUCUUUGAGAGCAUGUAUAUUCACUAUUUAUUA